AUGAUGCUGCUCGUGGCCUCAGUGGCCUUCAUCGUGCUUGGCCAGACCUCCGAUGUGGACGAGCGGCAUCAACGCAAGGCACUGUUGCGACAGGAGAUUGCCGCUCCUGUGCUGAGGAGCGAUCCUUUGGCUGAGCUCCGACAUGCAGCAGAGGAGCUGCAUCUUCCUCCUGAGGAAGUGUCGGAGGUCAUAUCGGCCAGUCGAGCUGCCAUGGCGCCCCAACAGGAGGCCAAGACCCAGCUGAGUCUCGGUGCUUCAGUCAUCCGAGCAGCCGAAGAGUUGGGGCUCGCCCCUCCUCAGGUGGCUCGCUUGCGCAUGGCCCUGGCGGGCUUGGAUCACCGGAGCUACGUGCAUCUCUUGCAGAUGUUGACGACAGCCUCAGCAGCGUCACAUGCAUCAGUGGCGAACAAGGUGGCCGAGACCGUCACCGCGGCGGCGAAAGCCAACUAUUCGGCCGCGGAGGUGGCCUCGUCCGCCGCUGCGGCUGUGCGCGCAUUGGCUGACGAUGCAGCCACCACCAGCUUGCCACUGCAGGGCUUGGCCAGUGCGGUCGAAGCCUUCAGUGCUGAAGGGCAAGCUGCAGUUCUGGCAGCAGCAGGAGGCGAGAGUCCUCAAACUCAGAUGAUUAUCACCGAGAUGUUCCAAGCAAUUUCGACGACGGCCCGCCCGUCGUUUCAGUGGGAUUCCGUGGGUGCUCAUCCCUUUGGCUCUGAUGCUGAAGUGGUUGGGGAUGCUGUGAAGCAGCAAGUUGACCAGCUUGCAAUCCCGGACCAGGAGAAGCGGGAGAUUCUGGCGGCAGCGCUGAGUGCAGCUGCUGGAGCUCAAGAGCCCCAGUUGAAGAUGAACGGCUCUGCAGGGAUGGAACCAACCUUGGCAGGUGACCUCUUGGCAUUAAGCCAAGCUGCGUUGAGCGCUGGCUUCUCGGAUCGAGAAGUGGCGCUGUUGAAGUUCAAGUGGCAGGAGAUGAGUUUUCAGCAGCGUGCAGCGGCCAAGCGUAGCUUUGACGCACUGAGCUUCGCACGGCACAGCGCGGGGCUCCGGUCGCUCCAAGGCAAUGUAUCGACAGAGGUGGCACUCGCUGUCAAGGCCUUUGCGGAUGCAGGUGCCUCCGUGGCAGAUCAAGGGCGUGUGGCGGCCCGAGCACUGCGUGCGGCCACAUCGAGAAACGCUGGGACAGCGGCCGUCCCGGCCGAGGGCGCAGCAUGGGAGGAUCACCAGAGCGCUCUGGAAGAAACCGUGCGAGAAGCGAAAGUCGCAGGUCUCAGUGACCAGCAGGCCUCCGCGAUGUUGAAAAUCAUGGCGCAGCUUUCACCCGAAGAUUUGGACUCUGUGGCCAUGGCCUGGGCAGCUAUAGGUGGCGACACGGCAACCACCCAGGUGCCAGACACUGACGGUGAGGAUGAAGGGCCAGAGCAGAGCAGGGCUGCUGGCCCGCUGGUUGGUUCGGAUGUUGAGGGCUUCGAGGCGCUGGAAGAAUUGAACGUCGUGGCCUUCGCGGCCUUGAAGGCAGGUGUGGAGCUGGACUUCGUUGCCAAGGCAGAUAGCAUUGCUCGAAAGAUGAGUCCUACCCAGCAAAUGACCACAGCUGCAUCGCUCCUUCGGAUGGCCAGAGCAGCUGAGAGCGAAGGCAGCAAGAAAGCCACCAAGGAGGAGUUUGAAGCUGUCUUGGGUGGUGCUUGA